AUGUCUUGGGAUGAUAGUAUGGUUUCUAUGAUGAGGGCGUUCAGACUUGUAGCUCAUGAUUAUUGGAUUAAACCUUUGCAUGAGAUUCGGUUCAAGAGUAUGCGCACACACUUUCUGAAGAAAUGUGUAAGUGAAGAAGAUACGUCGCAGAAGGAAACUGAAACUGAUUGCUUAAUAAGAAGAAUAAGUGAUAAUUCUGAACCGGCUUCAUCAAUGGCUCUUAGGAGCAACAACAAUAAUUUUGAAGAAGACGAUGAUGUUGAUGAAUCAAUAAAUCCACCCUCCACCAAGAAGCCUCGUGUUGUAUGGGAAGAAAAACUGCAUGGUGCAUUUAUCAACGCUAUCAAACAAAUUGGAAUUGAAAAUGUUGUGCCAAAGAAAAUUCUUGAAGCAAUGAAUGUCCCUGUGACACAAAUAGAGCAACAACAACAACAACAACAGAACGACAUGUCUCUUGUUUCAAGGAGACAACAACAAUCGCAACAGAAUGACAUGUCGUGGAACACAGAACCAAGGAUGUGUGCAGUUGAAAGAGUUCACUUGCAACCUCUUUCUGCAACUGCAAUGACAAAUUUUUAUCCUGGUUUUACAGGUAACAUGGAAGAGGAAGCUUUGGCACAUGAUCAUCAUCCUUUAGGAACCGUUGGUAACAUUGCCAUCACCGAGAAUUGUUCAGAAGAACAAUCAAGUCCAAAUACACAACUGGGUGACAAUUUUCAUGCAGAGGAAGAAGCUUUGGCACAUGAUCAUAAUUUAGCAAGUAACCAGAAUUUUCAAGUGGGAACUCUAGAUGAUGAUCCAACUAUGCAUCAUAAUCAAAUGUAUCCAAUGUACUUUCAGCCAUCUUCCACGAUGAUUUCUGGAAAUCAUCAACCUUUUGUCUCACAGAAUUGCAACUUUGGUAUGAACAUGGAUCAUGUUUCUCAACCAAUACAACAAGGUGAAGCCAUUGUUAAUGAAUAUAGUACUGGAGAUUCCAUUUAUCGUCCACAGUUUCAAAAUGCAGAUUUGCCAAGUGGUGCUUUUAGGAGCCAAAAUCGCCAUAUUGAUGAUAAGUUCUGUCAGCAAUGA